AUAGUAAUUUGCAGUUUCAGAGCACAUGCACGCCUUGCUCGCUGCGUUUUGUUGCUCCGCUGUACCUGCUGGGAAUUUACCUUGUCAUUGCCUGGGGUAUCUUCCACCCGCCACAAAAUCAGAAAAGUUGUGUUCUUUAACACCAAAGAGGACUGGCUUUCUGGGGCUGAUUCUGUGACAUUGGAAUUCAAAGAAGAGACGCUCCAGAGAAAUACGCUAUGACUAAAAGCAAUGGAGAAGAGGCCAGGAUGGGGGGCAGGAUGGAGAGAUUCCAGCAAGGAGUCCGUAAACGCACACUCUUGGCUAAGAAGAAAGUGCAGAACAUCACAAAGGAGGAUGUUAAAAGUUACCUAUUUCGGAAUGCUUUUGUGCUGCUCACUGUCACCGCCGUCAUUGUGGGUACAAUCCUUGGGUUUGCCCUGCGACCAUACAAAAUGAGCUACCGGGAAGUCAAGUACUUCUCCUUUCCUGGGGAGCUUCUGAUGAGGAUGCUACAGAUGCUGGUGUUACCACUCAUCAUCUCCAGUCUUGUCACAGGAAUGGCGGCCCUAGAUAGUAAGGCGUCAGGGAAGAUGGGGAUGCGAGCCGUAGUCUAUUACAUGACUACCACCGUCAUUGCCGUGGUGAUUGGCAUAAUCAUUGUCAUCAUCAUCCAUCCUGGGAAGGGCACAAAGGAAAACAUGCACAGAGAAGGCAAAAUUGUACAAGUGACAGCUGCAGACGCCUUCCUGGACUUGAUCAGGAAUAUGUUCCCUCCAAAUCUGGUGGAAGCCUGCUUUAAACAGUUUAAAACCAACUAUGAGAAGAAAAGCUUUAAAGUGCCCAUCCAACCCAAUGACACACUUGUGGGCGCCGUGGUAAACAAUGUGUCAGAGGCCAUGGAGACGCUGACGAGGAUCAAGGAGGAGUUAGUCCCAGUCCCAGGGUCUGUGAACGGGGUGAAUGCCUUGGGACUCGUUGUCUUCUCCAUGUGCUUCGGAUUCGUGAUUGGAAACAUGAAGGAGCAGGGGCAGGCCCUGAGAGAGUUCUUUGACUCGCUUAACGAAGCCAUCAUGCGUCUGGUGGCCGUGAUAAUGUGGUACGCCCCUCUGGGCAUCCUCUUCCUGAUUGCAGGGAAAAUUGUUGAGAUGGAAGACAUGGGAGUGAUUGGGGGACAGCUGGCCAUGUACACAGUGACAGUCAUCGUGGGCUUACUCAUCCACGCCGUCAUUGUCCUGCCCCUCCUCUACUUCUUGGUAACACGGAAAAACCCAUGGGUUUUCAUCGGAGGGUUGUUGCAAGCACUCGUCACAGCUCUAGGCACCUCCUCCAGCUCUGCCACCCUACCCAUCACCUUCAAGUGCCUGGAAGAGAACAAUGGUGUGGACAAACGUGUCACCAGAUUCGUGCUCCCAGUGGGGGCCACCAUUAACAUGGAUGGGACCGCCCUCUAUGAGGCUUUGGCUGCCAUUUUUAUUGCUCAAGUUAACAACUUCGAACUGAACUUUGGACAGAUUAUCACCAUCAGCAUCACAGCCACGGCGGCCAGUAUUGGGGCAGCUGGGAUCCCUCAGGCGGGCCUGGUCACUAUGGUCAUCGUGCUGACAUCCGUGGGCCUGCCCACUGACGACAUCACGCUCAUCAUCGCGGUGGACUGGUUCCUGGAUCGGCUUCGCACCACAACCAAUGUCCUGGGAGACUCCCUGGGAGCCGGCAUUGUUGAACACUUGUCCCGACAUGAACUGAAGAACCGGGAUGUCGAAAUGGGUAACUCAGUGAUCGAAGAGAAUGAAAUGAAGAAACCAUAUCAGCUGAUUGCCCAGGAAAGCGAAAUCGAGAAACCCAUCGACAGUGAAACCAAGAUGUAGACGGACAUAAGAAAAUGUUUCCUUGAGCACCCGGUGUUUGAAAACCGCUAUGACAUGUCUCCAUCUCGUUACAACUCAUUCUCUCCAGUAAGCCCCCUACCUCCCUUUUCCUCUCUACCCUGAUAGGAUUGGGAAGAAUUCAUCCCAAAACAAGGGAGGUAUUUGCAGUGGCCCAAAUGUGUAGUUCUCAUCCCACGUUUGAAAUGUUUCCAUCAUGUCAUGCUAGUCUUAUCUAUUAAGGUCCUGCGAUCAGAAAUGGUCUUGGAUCUUAAAAGUUGAUGUGGCACACAAUCCUGUAAAUGUGAUUAUUCUUAUAAAUUAAAGCGUCAAAACGAAUAGUAAGCUGAAGACAUAGUUUUAAAUCAACCUUCAAAAUUUAAAAAUCCUUCAGGAUACAAUUCAGUUUUAGUAUCAGAACACAGCAACCUGAUAAGCAGUGGGUUCUCAGUUGGACAUUGGAAGAGGUUUUUUUUUUUUCCUCCCAUUCUCUUGAGAUUUGUGUCUUUAUUUUACCAGUAGCAGGACAAUAGAAAUACACAACUAGCACAGCCGUGAGGAGGCAUGUAAAGUGAAAUUUCCCUGUGGCUGUGGGCAAGUCUCAUCUCUAGGUCUCAGUGUUUUCAUCUGCAAAAGGAACGAGUUGCCUAGAUGUCCUUAUGGUUGAUUCUAGCCCAGAGGUACUGAGGCGCCAUGGAAGAGCCUGCCCUCUACUCCCCCUUGGAACAUCCCAUGGCAAGUAUUCCACAGAGCAUGGGACUUUCAGAAGAGAGUUGUUGGGAAUGACCAUUUCUAGGGAGGGGCAGGGUGGCUGUGCAGUUUACCAGGUUCCAUGUCCAGAAUGGCAGAGUCAGCAGGCUGGAGGCCAUUCCAGGAGUGGAUGUGUUCCCCCAAACUCUGCCUUGAUCUUCCCAACAGGGGAUCCAUUCCCUUCUUACCCACUCUUCCCAAACUAAAGGGAACCAUGCUAGGAAGAGUGUCUCCCACCACUCCUCAACUGAUGAUAGACCUUUAGAAAAUACCACGCAAGACUAGCAACUAGCCAGCAUGCUCAUGGUCUUACUAUGGAACACUAAAGAGCCAGCCAGGAAAGAAUGGAGCAUGGUUGAUGUGAUAAAGAGAGGAUUUUAGAAUACCAAGGUUAUACGUCAUCUUUAAGGAAGAGUUUUUUAGAAGGAGAGAUUCUUAAAAGAAAAAAAAAAAAAAACCUGAAACUUUUUCUCUUCAGUUCAAAAAUCAUUCCCUAAGGAAGUCUGCAAAUCAAAAUAUAAGGUCACAUAUAUUUUCAAGUCAAAUCAAUGAGCUCUCUCUACUAGAGGCCCAUGAGCUGCAUGGGUGGUCUCUUAUUUGAAAAAGUUUUUUUUUUUUUUUUUUUACUAUAAUCAAAAGUUCUUAGAAUGAGAGAAACAGGAUAUUUCUUUGUGUUGGAAUUCCACUCACCAAAUCUUUCGAAACCUUCAGCUGGAAUGGGAAUUAUUUUGGUUUUGUUUGUGUCCCUGGGAGAAAUGGUAGAAGGAGCAUCAGUAUGAAGCCACAUCAGUGGGGUUCCAAGAGGGGAGAAAAAAAGAGGCCUUAGUUUCAGGUGAGGCAGCUACCAGGUUUAAAGGAGAUUAAUAUUUGUACUCUAAGGAAUAUCCAGUCAAAGAUGCAGAGUGGGAGCUGUCAGACAAUACCAGCUGUGUUUGAAUUACUCAUGUAAAUGGUGAAGAAUGGACUUAAUUAUGCUAACAGACUGAAAAUCUAGACCUCCAUCCUCUGAUACACAAUUAGAGAUGUUUUUAUAUAGAUCGCGAGCAUUAUGUGUGUACAAAAGUUAACGUUAGGCUGUGGUGGAGUAACAAUUUAAUGUCAAGGCUCUAUUUGGGAAAUACACUACAGAAGUUAAUGUACAAGGCUGUGAUCUUAUGACACCAGUAGAGCAAAAUGUAAUCGUGUCAGGUUAAUUCUGUUACACAGUGUGAUUUUUUUUUUUAUAUACUAACCAUUUCUUACGGAAAGCAGGUCCUUCGGGAUGACCCUCUCGCCAGCCCAUCACGGGCUCUGCAUAUUACAUGCAGCCGGUGUGGACUGAGAAGCAUUACUUUGUAGAUGUGUUUUCAAUAAAGAAACCAAAUUAGUUUUACAUUA